AUGUCUGCAGGUGUUCUAUCGGAAUGGAAGAAGCUGCCUUUAAGCUUGAGUGAGCUUUGCAUCAAUACUACUCUUAGAUGUGGCCAGUCCUUUAGAUGGCAGAACUUCCCAGAGAGCCAGGAAUGGCGAUGUGUUCUCUAUGGCCAUUUUCUCUCACUGAAGCAAGACUCAGAUUUCUUGUACUAUAGAUCCGUGCAACCUCCUUCCCAUACAUCCACGCCAGCAACCUCCGACAAUGACCAUCUUAUCCGCAUUAUCAAACAUUACUUCAACCUGACGCCAAAUUUGACCGAACUCUACUCCCAAUGGUCAUCACAAGACCCCAACUUCAAGAAAAAGGCUGCCCAAUUCACUGGAAUUAGGAUCCUUCGACAAGAUGCGUGGGAAGCACUGGUAUCAUUUAUCUGCAGCAGCAAUAAUAAUAUCGCACGAAUCUCGCAAAUGGUGGAGAAAUUAUGCAUACAUUAUGGAAAAUCUGUGGCUACGAUUGAAGGGCGAGCAUAUCAUGACUUUCCUCCCCCAGGCGCAUUAACUGGCAAGGAAGUGGAAAGCAACCUGCGCAAGUUAGGGUUUGGAUAUCGGGCUAAAUACAUAUACCAAACUGCGGUUAUGGUAUCAAACCGAGACAAGGGCUGGCUAGACAGUUUGAGCAACCCUGAGUGUCCAGCAUUUGGUGUGGAUCCCAAACCCAGCAGCGAAAUGAAGCCAGAAGGGAGAGAGGGAUAUCGUGAAGCCCAUGAAAAGCUUCUCGAGCUACAGGGAGUUGGGCCCAAAGUGUCAGACUGUGUCAGUCUGAUGGGACUAGGCUGGGGAGAGUCUGUGCCAGUUGAUACUCAUGUGUGGCAAAUCGCGCAGCGAGACUACCGAUUUGGAAAAAGCUCCAAUAAGAACUUGAACAAAACGACCUAUGAUGCUGUUGCCAAUCACUUCCGCAAGCUUUGGGGCAAGGAGGCUGGAUGGGCUCAUAGUGUGCUUUUCACUGCAGACCUGCGGACCUUUGCAGACAAACUUGCUGCAACCAAGAAGGUUGAUGUCAAAGUGAAAGGCGAAGAGCCUGAUAUCAAGGUCGAGACAAAAGUGACAACUGCUCUCUCUUUGAAGAUUCCUAAGGAGGAAGAUAUCGAUGUGAAAGUCAAGGUGGAGGACAUAGAUGAUGCUAAGAAGCCCAGCGGCAGGAAGCGAAAGGAAGCCGAGAACAUUGUUCCUAUUGCUCAAACAACAGAGACACGGAGAAUGUCCAAGCGACUAAGGCGCUGA